AACGCUUGGUGUAACGGAGACGCUUGUAAUUCAUAUCGUGGUUCAUAAACAAUAACAAAUGGAAAAAGAAAAGAAGUUAAAUAUACAAACAGCAUCCUUGGUUGAUUUGAAGGCAGAACUUUACAGGAAACAAGAAGAAUUCAAACAGCAAAAACUAAACGACAAAGGCUUAAGUUAUGUCCGCCCAAAAGCAUCAGAAAAGAAGAAUGAUAUAUGGAGUACGAAAAAUGCAGGCGUUCUUGAGAGAGCCCAAAGAGAUUUUGAAAGGAAAACAGAAGAAGAAAAUGUCUUUGAGAACUCAAAGAGAAGACUUGAAGCAAAAGCCAAAAUGUAUGACAAAAUGACACAGGGAUCAGAAAUUCCAGAAGAAGAUGGCAGCAAAAUUUACCUGGUGGACUUUCAGAAGAAAGUCAUUGAUCAAAUGGUAGAUGUUAGAGAGAAAGACAGAGAAAAGAGAAAGAAGGAAGAAGAGGAAGAACUGAGAAAUCAAGAGGAGGAAAUAUUGUCAAAGGCAGAUAUUCCUCCACCGGCCAGCAAGGAUGAAGAAUGGGUGGACUAUGUUGAUUCCUUCGGGAGGACCAGGACAUGUCUGAGGAAAGAUUUGAAGGACCUGACUGAAAGAGACAACAAAAUGACAGCAGUCAGGUUUACAGACCCGUCAAAACAGGACACGCCCCCUACGUCCAGUGACAUGCCGACAUUACUGUCGGAGGACAUGCGUCGGGAGAUACAGAGACAGAAAUGGGAGGAGGAAGCACAAGCUAACCUUAACGGCCCAGUCCACUACUCCAAUGUACAGUUUGAUGAGAUCAGAAAUCAUGGCACUGGCUUUUUCCAGUUUUCAAAGACAGAAGAGACAAGAUUAAAGGAGAUGGAAACCUUGGGGGACUUGCGCCAACAGACACUUGACGAGCGAUCACGGAGAGAGAGACUCAAGGAGAAGCGCAAGGCUAUGCUUGAUGCUCGACUUGCUAAGGUCAAACAGCGGAAACAAAAGAAGGAGGGAGGUGUAUUGAUCAGCACUGAAAGUGGAGAAGAUGGCGUGUUGAAUGCGACAGUCAGCGAGACAGUGUUGGAGAAGCCAGCUGUGGUGGAACCUCAACUUCUGACUAGGGAUGUAAACAUCAACAAGGACAAGCCUGAGCGUGAAUGGGACAAAGGGAAAGAGAGACUUUUCCCAUAUCAAAGUGCGAGUACAGAAGAGAAGUAUUUUGAGGAGAGACGUGAAGAAAGACAGUCCCAGUUCGCCCCGCCGUCAUUUUACUACUCUGAUACUAAGACAAGUACUACAGCAAAAAGAAACCAGCUGAGGAGUGAUAGAAAAUUGGAACUAAGAUCGCCUUCCACAGUGUCUGAAGUAAAACAAGCCCACACAAGAGACAGUAGGGGGUUGUCAGCUGAUGACUACAAGUCGGUGCCAGUGAAGGGUGUAAACAUCACACCAUCUCUAUCACACUGCGAUCAGGACUCAGAAUCAAAGGGAAAUCAGUGGUCAUAUAAACAGUUGAACCCUCGCACAGAGACUAGAGAUAUUGAAGAGUUCCUGAAAAGGGAACGAAAAGAGGUUACAAGGGGCCAGAAGAUUGAUGAUGUUCCUACAGAAAGUUUGCAGGUAGGCGACAUCCCCUUACCCAGCCAAACCAAAAGCUGCGUAACGGAGGCAAAAAAUGCGACAGCCACCACCAAAAUUAAUUCCUGGAAUUCAGACACAAUUCAGGACACUGGAAAAGUGUUGUCUGCUGAAACUAGGAACAUUUCUGGGGCGUUUCAUUAUAAUCCAAUGGCACAUUUUGAUGUCUAUGGACAACCAAACAUGAAUGUACCCCCGCCCACUGCCUUCAGUAUAGUGAGUCCUGUACAAGGAACUUACCCUGAGCCAGCUGGUACGGGAAUUGAGAGUCAUCAGCAAACGGAUGGAUCAUAUAUUGUCUCGCCGCCAUCUGUACAGCACACCGACUACAGUUACAGUCAGCACAGUGCUGGUACAGCAUCUGUCCCUGUUAUACUGAAUACCAAUGAAACCACUCGAGUGCCCGUACCCAAGUCUAGCAUUGUGGACACUCGUCUGAUCAGAAAUGAGACCAUCCUCCAGGCUUACGACUGUCGCUCUGAACCUGUUGAUGAAGUAAAGCAGGAGCACACAACAUCUGAUGAUACAAACCAACAAUCUAACUGUGAUACUGUCGUACCUGGCCUCGCUUCCAACCAGAGUGUCUUCUCUAGUGCUCCUGUCAAAUACUGCCAGACUAAUACUGACCAGGAAACCGAUCAGUGAUGUUACUCGUGUCCGUCACCUUAAACCCGAUCAGUGAUGUUACUCAUGUCUGUCACCUUAAACCAUUUUAGACAUAUGUGCCAACCUAUUCACUUAAUACUUUGCUGUCAAAUCAGAAUUUUUCAUCAUGGAAAUGAUUGCUGAUGUAAAUACUUAUUAAAUUAUGUUUACCAUCAAA